AUGUCCGUAAAGCUUUACAAUAAGACAGCUUUCAAAACUACAAUGAAGAGGGUAUGGAAUAAUAUCAAAGUGGAAUUUAUUGAGGCUGGUGAUAAUUUGUUCCUUAUUCAAUUCAAUAAAAUGUUGGACAAGAAUAGAGUCCUUGAAGAUGAGUCAUGGUCUUUUGAUAACCAAUUAGUUCUGUUGAAAGAUUAUGAUGUUAAGAAAGGGUUGAUGCAGUAUGGGGCAUGGAUGAGGGCUCUAAUGGGAAAAGGGUUGAAGAAUAUAGCAGGCCUAAACGUCGGUGAGGACAAAUUCCCGACGGUGGAGAAAGUGAAAUUACUCCGGCUAGUGAACAAGAUCCACUGGGGAAGAAUUUCCAAAAUGGGGUAG